AUGCUCUGUGAGAAAGCUUUCUCAUACUGCUUUGCUACGAGCCCAGAAGAGAUCGCCAAGACCUCAUCGAGCAACAUAUCGCAGACCUCAUACUUGGUUGAUGUUGCUGGAAAUCGGACGACUCAGGGCACUCAUGCAGAUCUUAUUCGCGUUACGUCGAAUAAAUUGGUCCUCAAUCCUUCCCUGAAAUCAACAUUCGAAGACCUGCACAGUGGCGAUUACAGAAUUGUUGCCGAUAUGUGGAUCGAUGGAAAGCCCGUCAUUGAUACCUUCCUUGUGGCAAAAGCCAUCAAUAUCAAUUGCUUCGCAUGUCCUCUGACCUCAAAGCAUAUGAUCGAAGACGCGGUUGCUUACAGAAAGAAUAAGCUAAGCACCACGGGGCUCUGGAUCAAGGCAUCCUACAUCAACCAUUCGUGCGACGACACUUGCGCUCGUAGCUUCAUCGGCGAUAUGUUGAUCGUCCGAGCAGCUAGAGACAUGCCAACGGGAAGUGAACUCACGUUCAGCUAUAUUAACCGCGAUGAGCCGACAGCAAUGAACAAGAUUCUCAAGGAGGGUUGGGGCUUUGAGUGUGAUUGUAGCAGAUGUGUGGAUGACAGAGCAACUUCCGCUACAAUCAAGGCAGAAAGAAGCAAACUUAUCAAAUCUUUCAAUGCUGCGGGCGUAAGCAGCAACAGAAAGUUGGACAUAGUCAGCCAGCUCAACAAAACCUAUCAGCAGCCACCUACCAAGGUCCCCAGAUUCGACAUGUGGGAUCUUCAUUACCGUCUUGUUGAAGAGUCAGCUAAGAAAGGAGACCCCGAAAAUGUCAUUGAGCAUGUACUGGCUGCGUUUGAGAGCUUGGGCUAUGUCAUUGAGGGUGCUAGAAUUACGCCUUCGCCAAGCACAAGGCUCAUUGUCCGCAAAUGGGGUGCUCCUCACGAUGAAACCACUUCAGCAUUCUUGAGCCUGCGGAACAUUUAUAAGCUUUUCGACUUGGCUGAGCUGGCGUAACAAGCGAAGGAGUAUGCUCGAAUUACUUGGCUUUUACUUGCUGGAGAUG